AUGUGCCACGACGCGAGUUUGCCGUGCCGUUUGCUGCAGGCACUACUCAUUGUGUUAAGACAAUCCAGUGCUUCUUGGGUAGUAACUGUGCAGCACCUACGCCAGCAUGAGAAGCUUGUGAAGAAACGCGACCUCAACGAGUUGUCUCAAGUUUCCGUUUCUCCACAGCGAGCAACCCGGGAAGCGGCAGUUGGGUUGCUACCCGACCCCACAACGGCGCCUGCCCAUCCAGACGGCAUAGCGCCUCCCUUAUGCAGGUGA